AUGCUUCAGGGCCUCAAUGACUUUCUUGUAGCAAGGGACCCAGGACUGAACACAGUACUCAAGGUACAGCCUCACCAGAGCUGCAUACAGAAGGAUGAUCACCACCCUGGUCCUUUUGACUGCUCUAUUUCUGAUGCAAGCCAGGAUGCCAUUGGCAUUCUUGGCUGCCUGGGCAUAAGUACAGAUGGAUCCCUCUCUGGUGUUGUGCAGAAGUGGAAGGAAUACCAGCUCCAAUGCCUGAAAUACUUAUAUGAGGCACCUCCUAUUGCAGCAGAAGGCAAGUUCUGCAACAGAACAUUUGACAACUAUGCCUGCUGGCCUGAUGGACUGCCUGGCACCUAUGUGAAUGUCAGCUGCCCCUGGUAUUUACCUUGGGCCAACACAGUGCUGCAUGGGCAGGUGUACCGGUUCUGUACCUCUGAGGGUACCUGGCUGCUGAAGGAGAACUCGACUCUGCCCUGGAGGAACCUGACAGAGUGUGAGGCCUCUGAUCAGGAUGCACCAGAAGAACAGCUCCUGAAUUUGUCCAUCAUAUACACCAUUGGAUAUGCUCUUUCCUUCUCUGCCCUUAUAAUUGCAACCGCCAUUCUUCUUGGAUUCAGACAUCUUCAUUGCACAAGGAAUUAUAUUCAUCUGAACCUUUUCACCUCUUUUAUCCUCCGUGCUAUAUCCGUCUUCAUUAAAGACUCAGUGGUGAAGUGGAUGUACAGCACAGCCACACAAGAGCACCAGUGGGAAGGACUUAUCUCCUUCCAGGAAUCCCUUAGCUGCCGUUUGGUGUUUGUGAUGAUGCAGUACUGUGUGGCUGCAAACUACUACUGGUUGCUGGUGGAAGGCAUGUACCUGUACACGCUGCUGGUACUGUCUGUCUUUUCCGAGCAGAGAAUUUUUCGGCUGUAUCUCUGCAUUGGCUGGGGUGUACCAAUGCUGUUUGUUAUCCUCUGGGGAACUGUCAAGUACCUUUAUGAAGAUGAGGGCUGCUGGAGCAGGAACUAUAACAUGAAUUACUGGUUGAUCAUCAGACUGCCCAUUCUAAUCGCCAUUGGGGUAAAUUUCUUAAUCUUUAUCAGAGUUAUAUGCAUCAUCAUCUCCAAGCUACAAGCCAAUUUGAUGUGCAAAACUGACAUAAAAUGCAGGCUGGCCAAGUCUACCUUGACAUUGAUCCCACUGCUGGGAACCCAUGAGGUCAUCUUUGCCUUUAUUACUGAUGAACAUGCCAGAGGGAUGCUGCGCUUUGUGAAGCUUUUUACUGAGCUCUCCUUUGCUUCUUUCCAGGGGCUGAUGGUUGCAAUUCUCUACUGUUUCAUCAAUAAUGAGGUUCAGAUGGAGUUUCGAAAAAGUUGGGAGCGCUGGAGAUUGGAACAUUUGUACGUGCAGAGGGACAGCAGCAUGAAACCUCUGAAGUGUCCAGCCAACAGCAUCAGUAGUGGAGGCACGGUAGGCAGUAGUGUUUACGCUGCCACUUGCCAGGCUACAUUCAGCUAAGAUUUCUGCAGGUGAACCAGAUUGAGAACAAUGAACUGUAUAAUGUACCUGAAAACCCUUAAAUACCCAAGCAAGUGGCUUAAGUGUGUCAUCUCCAGCAAGAAACUUGAGUAUAUGCUGCUCAUUGCCUGCAGGCUGUUGGACAAAGGUUUCUAGGGAGAGCAAUCUGCUAAUGUAAUCAACACAUCAGAGCAAAAAUUGAUCAUGUCUAAAGUAAGUUAAAACUUUCUUCCUAUUUGCACACAAGGCCUCCAGGUGUCCAAAACUUAGCAUAGCAUUGAUCCAGUCUGAAACCACAGGGUCAAUGGCUUAUUAUUGUUGAGUGAGCGAGCUGAGUGAUCGACUGAUUAAAUUACAAGGAAACAGAAUAUGAUUAUUGACAAAAAAAAACAUGUUGACUUUUAUGAGGAUAGGAUAGGGUAAGGUGCUAUCACAUUUUACAAAAAACUUAGUGGGAGGCAGCAUGGGCUUUAAGUAUGAAUCAGUUUUGUAGAAAGUUUCCCAAAUCUGAAGUUCAGAAUGUAUUUACCUGUUUACCAGAAAGGUGAAGAACAGCAUCUUGAAGGUCUGUAACUGCAGCAGGUAGCAUGGUGUAUAUUCCUGAAUCUUCUUUUUAGACUUUGCUUGAAAGAAACAGACCAAAACAGACCAAAACUACUAUCUAUUAGGGAACCUAUUCUGAUAUUAAUAGAUGUGUCAUCUCUACUGACAACAAUGGAAAUAACCACCGAAUGCAGAGCCCUUCCGCUUUUAUAUGGUACUCUGCCUCUCCAUGGUUAUGAAUAGGUAUGGAUAGGUAUGAACACAGACAGGAUAAUGACUUUUCCUUCAAAACAUUUUCCUUCAAAGCUGUGCUGUGCUUUCUGUGGAUGCAAACACAGAAAAGUCAACCUGCAGUUACAAUUGGUCUUACCAGACUUCACUGACUCGGAAGUGAUUUGAUAUUUACAGUGUGGGCUCACUUUUGUCUCUUCUCUAGCCUUGUACAUUUUCUCCAGGCACCUGAGAUACCCGCAAGGUGUUCUACUCAGGGUAGUGGAAGGCUGAACUGUCAGCACGGCGGACAGCUCCCGGCUGCUGCCCAGGGCCCGGGUUGCCCACCUGCUCCAGGGCCUGCCCUCAGCUGGGUUCAAAAAAUGCCCCAUACCACUGCAUCCUCAACUCAACGGGCUGUUUGUUUGUUUAAAACUGCAAGGGCUCUUGUAGAGAAUGCAUCUAUGCUGCUAAUUAUGUUACCCUUGCUGAAGUUUACAAGAGUUGCUGGGGAAAACAUGAGGCACUUUUAUAAGCAGACCUUGGCCCAUUGCCUCACUUAAUAACAAGCGUUAUGUAUCUUUACUCAGCUUAGAUAUACACCUCCCCUUUACAGCUGAGACAAGAUGCUAAAGAGUAGGUCUGAGAACAUUCCUGCCCAUAGCCUUCUUGUAAUAAGAGUGGCUUCCAUAGCCUAGCAGGUAUACCACUCAGCAGAGAUAUUUUCAAGUCCUUCUUUGCACUUGAAUCCACAUCCCUUGUUGCCAAGAAAGGGGACUGGAUAUAACUCAGCAUCUUUCCUGCCUGAAGCUAGAUUGCUUUGCAUGGAAUAAUUUAAUCUUUGUAUUAGAAUUCAAAUUGCCAACAGGUUGGAUUAAUUUUGUAAUCAGCAGAUUAGAAUUAAAUUAGAGAAGAUAGGUUACUUUCUUCUGCUAUAAUGCUUAUAAUUGAGCUCCAGGGAAAAGUCAAGACACAUUUGUAGAAAUCCACCACAGUUCUCAGGCUGGCUUGCGUAUGCCUAGCACACUGGCUUCUACACAGGCCAUUCCCAGGCUGUGCCUUUAUAACAUUGUUUGCAGAGCUGACCUUGGAAUGAAGCACCUCAGGCUCUUCUGUAAAUUUAAUACCUAGUUUCUACAAUGCAUCACCCUUAAUACAGUAUCUGACUACUAUGUAUGUACAUUAGUCACUGUUCUGAAAUAUAAUUAAUUAGCUUCUUGUAUGCAGAGUAUGCAUUGUUUUUCCACUUAGCAUCUACGUUUGAUUGCUUUGAAAGCAACAACAUGAGAAUCACUGGUAGGUGAAAAGGUAUCAGCUACAGGUGAAAUCUUAAUCUAUAUGGUAAGACACACUGGAGGGAAUAAUUUCCUUCAUUAAUAUUCAAGAUGGAUGCUAAUUUUCCAGGGCCCUGCUUGAUUGUGUGCUAACCCAGAAAAAAGGUUUCUGCCACUUGUGCAGCUGUUAGCAAAAUUUGUUUUACUAUGGCAACAAAAAGCUGUAGGUAUGCGUUACACACUAUUAUGCUGGAAAAAAUAUACACAGUGAAGGAGGAUAGACAUUUGUGUGCGCUAAGAAAGCUGUACUUAGUUUCUGUCACAAAGUUUCCCUCUACAGUUUGACCUGCUUUUGAGCCCUGAGGCUCUUUUUGGCCUUCCCAGUCACUUAAGAACUGAAGGCUUUGGGCCCAUAGGAAUAUCUGCAGCACCAGUUGUCAAAUUUAUCUUUUUAUGUUCCAGCUUGUUAGAAUAUAAGUGAAAGAAAAAAAGCGUAAUGAUCUCAGACAAGCCUUGGUGUGUUUUUCUUCCUCUCCAAUUAAGCUCUCACUUCUUUGUCUCUCUUAAGAACUGGUGAAACUAAGUGAAAGGAAUUGCCAUCAAAGCAGAACUACAGUAGUACCGUACUUUGAGAAAUACGUUAAGGCCUAAAAAAUGAUUUCUACGUAAUACUUCACAUCUACUUCAGUAAAAUCUUUUACAAGCCCAUAUUGUUAUUCUUGCCAUCUCUAUUUCAGAAUUUAUACUGUGCAUUUAUUUGAGUAGCAUGAAAUAAGAAAAGCAACAGAAAGCACUGGAACAGAUAAACUGCAUGAAU